AAGACGCCGUGUUUUCUCGUUACUUUCCACAUUUCACGUUAUCUGCUUCACGUUUUGUCGAAAUUGCCGCUACUAAUAGAAGUAAAUUAUUAAUUAUUAUACGAAUAAUUAUUUUAGUACUUUCAAAUCAAAAUAAAGAGUGAACAAAAUGGCUGAAAUUUCAACUGAUGAAUUAAAGGCAGAAAUCCAUGCCAUACUGGAUACUGCGGAUCUCUCGGUUGUGUCGGUGAAGAAAGUGCGUGAGCAAGUGGAGAAGAAACUUAAUUGUUCCCUACUGAGUCGUAAGAAGGAAUUCGAUAGUAUUGUUAUGGAUUUUAUUAACCAGCCACAAGGGGAAAGCGAAUCUUCGCAAGAGGAAGAAGAGGAAGUUUCUGAAGUGGAAGAAGUUGAAAAAAAGACUGCAAAAAAGCGGCCUCAGCCUACCCAGCGCAAGGCAGCAACUAAACAGAAGAAGCGAAAGGCCGUAAACGAUUCUGAUUCAGGGUCGGAAUCAGAUAGUGGUUCAGACUCGGAUUAUGAAGUACCAAAAAAGAAGGGCCCGAAGAAGAAGGCUGGUGGUGCUAGCGGCGGCGGUGGCGGUUCUGGUCGCAAAUCAACUGGGUUUACGCGACCUUACACACUAUCCCCAGAAUUGUCAGCACUAAUGGGCGCUGAAUCACUACCGCGUCACGUAGUGGUCAAAAAAGUGUGGGCCAUAAUAAAAGAACGCAAUUUAUACGAUCCGAAGAAUAAACAAUUUGCGAUUUGCGAUGACGAAUUAAUGAAAGUGAUGAAAGUUAAACGCUUCCGUACAUUUGGCAUGUUGAAACACUUGAAGCCACAUUUCCUUGAUUAAGGAACACGGUAGCUACGAUUGAAUCAGCAGAGGCGGAGAUAAAGUCAACAAGCGGAUUACUUGGAAAUAUUCAAAAGAUUGGAAGAGUAUAGAUUAUAUUUUUCCUAAAGCAAAAAUUCGCUUCCCUGUCUUAUGUAUGCGCGGCAUUAUAAUUUUUAAGUUUUAAUUUUUUUGAUAUUAAUACACAUUUUGACUGGACACUAAGUCGAAUGCAUUUUUCACUAUUUUUUAAGUUUAUGUUUCUACGUCUUGAUGGCAAAAUAUGUACAUCGCUAACGUAUGCUAUUAAAUUUAAAUGAGGAUUGACAAAAUGCAAAAAAAAAAAAAUUUGUUACAUUUGUACGCCACUAUGACUAUGGAGUAAUUUGGGAUUUGAUAGAGAAAUAUCAUUAACUUUGUUUAGAAAUAUAAGAAAGGUUCAUGGAAACGUCCACGUUGAAGCUAUAUAUACCUCAGACAGAGGUAAAAAAUCUCCCAAUACAUAUAUGUAUCCAUCUUGAAUAUAUGAAUGCGUUGUAAUAUUGCAAUAGAAAAACAAGAAACAAAUAAACUUUGGAUUUAUUGAUGAAUGAAUUUGAAAUAAAGCAUAGGUUUAACAUUUUGAAACGUAA